AUGUCCGCGAGGAGGCCGGGCAUCCUGACCCUGGAGAAGCACAGAAAGCUUACCGAAGACAAGCUUUUACUUGGAGUCGCAGUCGCCCUUCCCCAAUCUUCGUCACUGUUAACCUCACAAGUCAAUUACCUCCUUACCUACUCAACUGACGAUCUGUUAUUUCCCAAUACCGAGUGGGAUGGAGACUCAACCGACGCAGACCUGGACGCGGUGGUAGCACAGCUUUCGCCCAACAUAUCGUUUUCUCAAGACGUCGUAGACAGUGUACAAACCCUAUCAACGCAGAAUGCCGACCGGAGCGGCGUUGCAAGUGGGUUCCUCUAUGUUCCAGACCUUGACAGAACCGAUCCAUGUUACAACAUCUCCAAGACACACCUUCCCAACAACGUUACUCGACAGGCCAAUCUUGCUCCCACCGACUUUGCACUUGUUGCCCUUGCACCGUGGAUCAACGCAGAAUGUACACAGUCUUAUUUACGUUCCGCCCGGAGCGAUCCUUCCAAAGCUUUCCUGUUUUAUCUCCCGGAUAACAGCACCGAGAAGCCACCUUCGUCCUCGUCGCCUGUGUGGGAUCUCCAGGAUGGAGGAGCUUGGAGGAAGAAGAACAUGUAUCCGGUGUAUGCUAUCUCCGGGUAUUUAGGUGGGCAGCUAAUGGUUCAACUGAGCCACUAUUCAGGAAACAUGACCAGUGUACCAUACGGCCACGAAAUCUCCGAGCUACCUGGAACCGAUCCUCGAGACUACGUACGAAUGUACACUGAAAUCGACACAAGUAAUCUAUCUACCCUACCUUCAUUCUGGAAGAUGAUACUUGUCGUCGUUGCGGUGCUGGUCUCCAUCUUGACUCUCACUUCAGCUUGUAUGCAUCUUACUCAGAAAAGGAGGAGGAAAUCUCUGCAGAGUCGCGUAGAAUCAGGAGAUGUUAAUCUUGAGGCGCUUGGCAUCAAACGCCUUACGAUACCACAAGAAAUUCUCGAUCUACUCCCUAUAUUUGUCUACACGGACGAAAUUAGCAGUCAGUCUGGCAUUCUCCCGCCCACGCCUUCGUCACCACCAGGAGAGAUAAGUAUCUCAGAGGUGUUGCUAACAAAACAACUCGAAGGGGCCCGCCCGGGCGCCAUCGAAACUCGAAGUUACAUUCCACAAGAAACAAUCAUUAUAACUGAUCCCGCAGACCCGAAUGUCGCUCUUCCUCAUAGAUUCCUCCCAUAUACUCAGCCGACGUGCCCUAUAUGUUUUGAUGAAUACGUCUCCGAGGUGACCGAGAUCAAAGAACUUCCUUGCGGGCAUAUAUAUCAUCCGGAAUGCAUUGACUCAUUCCUCGGCGCAAAGAGUUCUUUAUGCCCACUGUGUAAACAGUGCGCAUUGCCCCCGGGGUAUUGUCCGGUGAAGGUCUCGAAUGCCAUGGUUCGAAAAGAACGCAACAUACGAAAGCUGAGACAGACACGGGUGGAAGAUGAUGAUACGUGGAAUGAUGUUGGAAACUUAGGCUCACGAGUCGAUUCCCAAGCAAAUGCCAAUCCGACUUUGGGACAUCCAAUGCGGUCAUCAGUCAUAUCUUCGGAUCCAGCUCGCCCCCAGUCUCUGAGAUUCAGUAACGUACCUGCUCAAACCCGCCAAAGUCGACAAGAUUUUGUUGCCGAGAGAAUAUUAGAGCUCGCUGCACGGCAAGCCCCCAUUCAAGAUCCCGAUAGUCAGAGCAGGCGGGUCCGAGCGAAAUGGAGGACCAAUGUAUCCAGAGUGUUUCCGGGGUUUCGAUAG